AUGGGGACGGCGCUUCUCCAGCGCGGGGGCUGCUUUCUCCUGUGCCUCUCGCUGCUGCUCUUGGGCUGCUGGGCAGAGCUGGGCAACGGGCUGGAAUUCCCGGGCGCUGAGGGCCAGUGGACGCGCUUCCCCAAGUGGAACGCCUGCUGCGAGAGCGAGAUGAGCUUCCAGCUCAAGACGCGCAGCGCGCGCGGCCUAGUGCUCUACUUCGACGACGAGGGCUUCUGCGACUUCCUGGAGCUCAUCCUGACGCGCGGCGGCCGCCUGCAGCUCAGCUUCUCCAUCUUCUGCGCCGAGCCCGCCACGCUGCUGGCCGACACGCCGGUCAACGACGGCGCGUGGCACCACGUGCGCAUCCGCCGUCAGUUCCGCAACACCACGCUCUUCAUCGACCAGGUGGAGGCCAAGUGGGUGGAGGUCAAGUCCAAGCGCAGGGACAUGACGGUGUUCAGCGGCCUCUUCGUCGGCGGGCUGCCCCCAGAACUGCGCGCCGCGGCGCUCAAACUGACGCUGGCCUCGGUGCGGGAGCGCGAGCCCUUUAAAGGGUGGAUUCGCGACGUGCGGGUCAACUCGUCGCAGGCCCUGCCCGUGGACAGUGGCGACGUGAAGCUGGACGACGAGCCGCCCAAUAGUGGCGGCGGGAGCCCGUGCGAGGCGGGCGAGGAGGGCGAGGGCGGCGUGUGCCUCAACGGGGGCGUGUGCUCCGUGGUGGACGACCAGGCCGUGUGCGACUGCUCGCGAACCGGCUUCCGCGGCAAGGACUGCAGCCAAGAAGACAACAAUGUGGAAGGUCUGGCGCACCUGAUGAUGGGCGACCAAGGUAAAAGUAAAGGAAAAGAAGAAUAUAUUGCCACUUUCAAAGGAUCUGAAUACUUCUGCUACGACUUGUCUCAAAACCCCAUUCAAAGCAGCAGUGAUGAAAUAACUCUGUCCUUUAAAACCCUUCAGAGGAAUGGACUGAUGCUUCACACUGGGAAAUCGGCUGAUUAUGUCAAUCUUGCCCUGAAAAAUGGAGCUGUCUCUCUGGUCAUUAAUUUGGGAUCAGGGGCCUUUGAAGCACUAGUGGAGCCCGUGAAUGGAAAGUUUAAUGAUAAUGCCUGGCAUGAUGUGAAAGUCACCAGGAAUCUGCGUCAGCACUCAGGCAUUGGACACGCUAUGGUGACAAUAUCAGUGGAUGGGAUUCUUACCACAACGGGCUACACGCAAGAAGAUUAUACCAUGCUGGGCUCUGAUGACUUUUUCUAUGUUGGAGGCAGUCCCAGCACAGCAGACCUUCCAGGGUCACCAGUCAGUAACAACUUUAUGGGCUGUCUCAAAGAGGUUGUAUAUAAAAAUAAUGAUGUAAGGCUGGAAUUAUCUCGACUUGCCAAGCAAGGAGACCCUAAGAUGAAGAUCCAUGGAGUGGUGGCAUUUAAAUGUGAGAAUGUUGCAACUUUGGACCCAAUCACCUUUGAAACCCCAGAGUCUUUCAUCUCUUUGCCUAAAUGGAAUGCAAAGAAAACAGGCUCGAUAUCCUUUGAUUUCCGCACAACAGAGCCAAAUGGCCUCAUCUUAUUUAGCCAUGGCAAGCCACGACACCAAAAAGAUGCCAAGCACCCGCAGAUGAUAAAGGUUGACUUCUUUGCUAUUGAGAUGCUAGAUGGCCACCUCUACCUCCUCUUGGACAUGGGGUCAGGUACAAUAAAAAUCAAAGCCCUGCAGAAGAAAGUGAAUGAUGGAGAAUGGUAUCAUGUGGACUUCCAGAGAGAUGGACGGUCAGGUACCAUUUCUGUCAACACACUGCGCACACCCUACACUGCUCCUGGUGAGAGUGAAAUUCUGGACCUGGAUGAUGAAUUGUACCUGGGGGGCUUGCCGGAGAAUAAGGCUGGGCUUGUCUUCCCCACCGAGGUGUGGACUGCUCUGCUCAACUACGGCUACGUGGGCUGCAUCAGAGAUUUGUUCAUUGACGGCCAGAGCAAAGAUAUCCGGCAAAUGGCUGAAGUUCAAAGUACUGCUGGAGUGAAGCCCUCUUGCUCAAGGGAAACAGCAAAACCGUGCCUUAGCAACCCUUGCAAAAACAAUGGCAUGUGCAGGGAUGGGUGGAACAGAUAUGUCUGUGAUUGUUCUGGAACAGGCUAUCUUGGCAGAUCCUGCGAGAGAGAGGCAACAGUUCUGAGCUAUGACGGGAGCAUGUUUAUGAAAAUCCAGCUCCCGGUGGUGAUGCACACAGAGGCUGAGGAUGUGUCCUUACGGUUCCGAUCCCAACGUGCAUAUGGCAUUCUCAUGGCAACCACCUCUAGAGACUCUGCAGACACCCUCCGCCUGGAACUGGACGCAGGGCGUGUGAAACUGACGGUCAAUCUAGAUUGUAUCAGGAUUAACUGUAAUUCCAGCAAAGGUCCCGAGACCCUUUUUGCCGGCUAUAACCUCAAUGAUAACGAAUGGCACACAGUGCGUGUGGUUCGUCGAGGAAAAAGUUUAAAGUUAACAGUGGAUGACCAACAGGCCAUGACAGGUCAAAUGGCGGGCGAUCAUACAAGACUGGAAUUUCAUAACAUAGAGACUGGCAUCAUCACAGAACGACGGUAUCUGUCUUCUGUCCCCUCCAACUUUAUCGGACACCUGCAGAGCCUGACGUUUAACGGAAUGGCAUACAUUGACUUGUGUAAAAAUGGCGACAUAGAUUACUGUGAGCUCAAUGCCAGAUUUGGCUUCAGGAACAUCAUAGCAGACCCUGUCACCUUCAAGACCAAAUCGAGCUAUGUUGCCUUAGCUACAUUGCAAGCCUACACUUCUAUGCAUCUUUUUUUCCAGUUCAAGACAACAUCCCUAGAUGGGUUAAUUCUAUAUAACAGUGGGGAUGGAAAUGACUUUAUCGUGGUUGAAUUAGUUAAAGGGUACUUACAUUAUGUGUUUGAUUUGGGAAAUGGUGCUAACCUCAUCAAAGGGAGCUCAAAUAAACCUCUCAAUGACAAUCAGUGGCACAACGUGAUGAUAUCAAGGGACACCAGCAAUCUCCACACGGUGAAGAUUGACACGAAAAUCACAACACAAAUCACCGCGGGAGCCAGGAACUUGGACCUCAAGAGUGACUUGUAUAUAGGUGGAGUGGCUAAAGAAACAUACAAAUCCUUGCCAAAACUCGUCCAUGCCAAGGAGGGCUUUCAAGGCUGCCUGGCAUCAGUUGAUUUAAAUGGACGCCUGCCGGACCUCAUCGCAGAUGCUCUUUUCUGCAAUGGACAGAUUGAGAGAGGAUGUGAAGGGCCCAGCACAACCUGCCAAGAGGACUCAUGUUCCAAUCAAGGUGUGUGCCUGCAGCAAUGGGAUGGCUUCAGCUGUGACUGUAGUAUGACUUCCUUCAGUGGGCCACUCUGCAAUGACCCUGGGACAACGUAUAUCUUUAGCAAAGGUGGUGGACAAAUCACAUAUAAGUGGCCUCCUAAUGACCGGCCAAGUACACGAGCAGACAGACUGGCCAUAGGGUUUAGCACUGUUCAGAAAGAAGCUGUACUGGUGCGAGUGGACAGUUCUUCUGGCCUGGGUGACUACCUAGAGCUGCAUAUACACCAAGGAAAAAUUGGAGUUAAAUUUAAUGUUGGGACAGAUGACAUCGCCAUCGAAGAGUCCAAUGCAAUCAUUAACGAUGGGAAAUACCAUGUAGUCCGUUUCACGAGGAGUGGUGGCAAUGCCACAUUACAGGUGGACAGCUGGCCAGUGAUCGAGCGCUACCCUGCAGGAAACAAUGAUAACGAGCGCCUGGCGAUUGCUAGACAGCGAAUUCCAUAUCGACUUGGUCGAGUAGUUGAUGAAUGGCUACUCGACAAAGGGCGUCAGCUCACAAUCUUCAAUAGCCAAGCAACCAUAAUAAUUGGCGGGAAAGAGCAGGGCCAGCCCUUCCAGGGCCAGCUCUCUGGGCUUUACUACAAUGGCUUGAAAGUUCUGAAUAUGGCAGCCGAAAAUGAUGCCAACAUCGCCAUAGUGGGAAAUGUGAGACUGGUUGGUGAAGUGCCUUCCUCUAUGACAACUGAGUCGACAGCCACUGCCAUGCAGUCAGAGAUGUCCACAUCAAUUAUGGAGACUACCACGACCCUGGCUACUAGCACAGCCAGAAGAGGAAAGCCUCCUACGAAAGAACCCGUUAGCCAGACCACAGAUGACAUCCUUGUGGCCUCAGCAGAGUGUCCCAGUGAUGACGAAGACAUUGACCCCUGUGAGCCGAGCUCAGGUGGGUUAGCCAACCCGACCAGGGCAGGCGGGAGAGAGCCGUACCCAGGUUCGGCGGAAGUGAUUCGAGAGUCUAGCAGCACCACGGGCAUGGUUGUGGGGAUAGUAGCCGCUGCCGCGCUGUGCAUCCUCAUCCUCCUCUACGCCAUGUACAAGUACAGAAACCGGGAUGAAGGCUCCUACCAUGUGGACGAGAGUCGAAACUACAUCAGUAACUCAGCACAGUCCAAUGGGGCUGUUGUAAAGGAGAAACAACCCAGCAGUGCGAAAAGCGCCAACAAAAAUAAGAAAAACAAGGAUAAAGAGUAUUACGUCUGAUCCCACGAUCUUAAAAGGACCCUUGUAUAGAAAUAGUCUUCAUUUUAUCUGAGACAUAAUAUAAACUUAUUUACUUUCCUUUUUAUGAAGCACAUACAAAAGAAGACAGGGAAUGCAAUCAGGAAGGAAAGACUGUUUUUAAAAAAUAAAAACAAGUAUCUCAUGCUCUUGUUUCUCCAAAAAAGAAAAAAAAAAAGGACAGGGGCCAAUAAAUUCCCUAACAUGCGCAGUGUUUUCAUUUACUCUGCCUGUCUUUAUGUUGCUGGAACAUUUGUGAAAGACAGUGAUGACCGCACGCAUUCAUAAAGCAAAGGAGUAUUACAACAUCAAGGCACAACACAAAAACAACACAAAACACAACACAAAAAAAGAAGCUACCUAUGAUCCUGGAUUUAGCCAAAGUGCUAGCGCUUUCCUGAGAAGUCAGUUAGUCUGAUUGCCAGAGAAGACUGUGUCAUUUUGAGUGACUCAACCUGCAAACCUUUAGGAGUUUGCCACCUGGCGCAACUGGAGCAAUGGUUGGAACUUGCAUUUGAAACAAAGUGCUGGCUUUUUUGAAGACUUGUGUAGGAACACAUUCAAAAAGCCCCUUUCUGGUUGUGAGGGAAAAAAAAAGUAUGGAGGCCUUAUUUUCAACAAUGUGAAAUAUAAGGCACAUUUUCACACUAAAAUUUCAAAACGAAAACAAGAGGGCAUAGAUGCAAUCAUUGGGAAAUUUUCAUGCACGCUUAAUAUGUUAUUACAUAUGUUUAUAUAAAAUCCAUCUCUGUGUGCUUUCUGGACUGUGAUAAGUGACGUUUUAUAGCCUGUUGUAUAGAAAAUGCAAAAUAUAUCUCUGCUCUUCAGCCAUUUUUGGUAAAUUCAAUGUUAUAAGUGUUGCUAAGUAUAGGGAGUUUUAUGACAUCGGAGCAACAAUUAUUUCAGGGUUUUUGGUUUGUUUGUUUUUUUUUGCCACCAGUAUAAAUUGCCACAAUUACUUACUUUUUUUAAAAAAAAAAAUUACAAUGUAGUGUUUAUUCUAAGGAAGAUAUGUAUGAAUGUAUAUAAAAACACUCAACUACUUUUUUUCUUACAUGUACAGCCUUCAUUCUGUUGCAAUUAAGUUUUAGUAUUUGUAUGAAAGGUGUGAAUUAGAAGGUAAAAUAUAUACAUAUGUAUCUUAUAAUCUUCUUUUCUCCCCCAAAUUACUCACAUUUCCCGCAUACAUUCACCAUGCACAGUCACAAAAACACAGACACGCACUCUCUCACACACACACAAAUCCAGCGGAAUCCAUCAGAGAUGACAGAAGAACCAAACAUAAAUAGAGGAAAUAUUAUUGACAAAUUGAGAAGCAGGAAGGAAGAUAGUUGUGCCAAGGCAUUGAUGACAAAUGGGGUGAUUUGCUUCAUUGAGAUCACGCUCCCAGGAAACCUCGGGAAGAUUUUAGUUGCUAAUGAAAUGGAACCUUUUCUUAUCAUAUAGAAUAUCAGUGGUAUGUUGCUGCACGAACAGGAACCAUUAUGUGGGCAGGUUAUGGAAGCAAAAUUGUUUGAUCUACAUCUUAACCCUGGCUGCUGCAGUUGAAAACUUUGUUUCCAAUAAAAUUAUAUAGAUAUAUUCUCUGAACCUGAUGUGCAUGAUAAACAUUUUGGAAAGUAAACACUUUCUCAACUAAGGAAGUAUUUUCAGUAAUUUUUGAUUCUGUAUUACUAUUCAUCUAAAAAAGUCAUUCUUUGUUGAUUAUUGACUAUAUUUUAACUUUUCUGGUUUUACAUCUCUAUCAUUAAAUAUAGUUUUAGCUUAACACACAUUAAGUAGAAAAGUAUACAUUACACACUUGUUUUUGCAUAUUGUUUCAAUGAUGUUCAUAGCAAUAAAUUAUUAGUAUGAGAAGGUAAUGCAAAGGAAGAUGCAUUAUUAGAUUGGAAGGUGAUGCCUCAGAAAAAAUUGGUCGCAUUACUUUAACAUCUCCUAAAAGAAUGAUAUUAGAUUUCACAGAAGAGAAGAAUACCUUUACAAUUAGCUUUAAUCAGCAAAGGCAAAAAAUGCAAAACAUCUUUUGUGAUACUUUAGUUGAUGAAAAAAGCCAAGAAGUGGCCUGGAUUUCAGACAUACAGCACCCUAGAAAUAUGUAUAGUUCAUAGCAAACCACCACUAUCUAUGGUUGCCAAGUAAUUGUGGUGCAUGAAAAGCCUUAAAGGUUUUUCAUGACCCAGAAAGUAGAGGUAUAAAACUAAAAUUUAAUAUCCAUUACUUGUGUUUCAGAUUUUCUUAUUUUCUUAAUUUGCCAGGUUAAAGAAUUCAUAAGACUUUUUCUUUUCCUCUCAUUCAGUCUUACUCAGGGAAAGCCAGUGAAAUAAGGUAAAUAUAAAACCACUAAUUUACCGUUUGAGGUUUUAAAGAGAAAUGGUUGCUUUUCCAUUUGAUCUACUGAACUUGAACUAGUUUCCAUCUGGAAAGAUUCUAAAAUAUGAUAGAAAAUAAAUUGAAAAAUGGUAUUUUUUAAGCAGUAUAUCUAUGAAGCAUGUUGUUUGGGAUUGGUUUCAAUGUUUCUUUCCAGCAUAAAUUUUAGAAUUUCAUUCAAUCAUGUAAUCUCAUAUUGUCAGUAUAAAUGUUUCUAACGUUAUUGGCCUACAUAAAAUUGGAAAUUUUUUUCUUUUUUUCUUCUUUCUUUCUUUUUGAAUGGAGAAAGAAAAGAGAGGAACAUGAGCUAGAGAGAGAAAAAGACAUGAAUAAAAUCUCAAGUAUCUUCAUACCAAACAUAUCAGGGUUCCAUGCACAGUUUGCAGUUAGAGGAUUUCACACUACCUGGCAUAAAUUUGAUUACAUCUCUAGACUGCAACUUUCCUGAUUGAGUAUGCUUCUUUUUUAUCCAUGUAAUGUGUUGCCUUUUUUAAAAAACAAAUACUACAAUAACGUGUGAGGUGGUCGAUCCAUAAGACAUCAAAGAAAGGCCACAUGACCCUACCCUUCUAGUGCUUUGUGUGAUUGGAUAUCUAAGGGUUUUGUUUUGAUUUGGUUUUCUGUUGCAAGGCCAAUUUAUCCAUUAUUGGAAAUGCUAAGC